UUCACAGGUUUGCCCCCUCAAGAAGUCACGGGAUACGCGGCAAGGACCUGCAAACCGCUUCUACCCUAACUGACCGCAAUGUUGUGAUCAGUCCGCAGAAACUACUAACAGUGCGAGUGAGGGUGGAGUCGUGGGAAUAGUCAGCUGUCUGGCAGUAGUAGCAGACGCCAAAAUCGGUUCUGUUGUUGUGCGUUAGAUCAACUGUCACUAGACUUUGUGUUUCUUGUAUAUCUAUCUAUUGAUUCAAUCAGUAAUCCGAAUACAGAAAUGUCGUCAGCCCUUAACAAAGAAUCUACCACUCGCGAGUGUAAAGUCAACAGGAAUUCCAAUGCCGUUUUGAAAAACGCCAACAUUGAAGAGGAAGAUGGUUAUGAUGACCAAAAACCUGAUGAAAUGACCGCUUCAUAUUCUGAGAUAUCUAUGGACUCACUUCAAAGCCCAUCAGUUGACUGGCUACCCCCAGAUGUAGAAGACAGCUUCCAGCGGCCUGAUCGUCUGGAGCUACGAGGAAUGGAUGCAGACUAUUUGGAGGAUUUAGAUGGAACAAUAACUAGAGAGGGAGACAUGGUCUUCUUUGUAGCAGAAGAUUUGGAAGCAAAAAUCAAACUUUCUAGCCCCAAAACAGCUGAUGCUCCGCCUUUCACUGGUUCACGAAGUGCUACACCUUGUCUGCAUCGACAAGCUCUUUCAGCACCUCAGUUAUCACCUAUAGAUCCUUACAUUUUAAAUGACCUAGAGAAUGAAGCUCGAAGAAUAGCAUCUUCAGUGGACACCUUAACUGAAAGUCUAGCAGGAAUUCUACGCAGUAUUUCAGCAUUAACGGUUGACUGUGUUGAAAUUUAUAGAGAUGCAGUUUGCAAGACAUGUGAUGCAGUGGAUUCAAACAUCAAAGCCAUGUAUCAGUUAAUGGCUAAAUGCGAAGAGCUGAGCAAGUCUAUGAAACCUAUUUAUAAACUUGCAGAAGACAUUAAGGAAGUGAAGCGUCUUCUUGAUAUGCUUGAGAGUGCUGUGAACAGCUGACGAUCAAGAAGGGUGGCAGACACUUCAAAGUAAUUAGCCACCGUCUUGGUUUACAUCAGCUAAAGGAAAUCUGUGAACUCUAUCAACUAUCACAAAGAUUUCAAUUAAAAUUCCACAGAGAAUAUGAGUUCCAUUA